AGGAAGCUGGGGGGCUAGGAGAGAAGUGGGGGGUGGCCACAUAGCAGACACAGUAAGCCCUCCACAUGACAUUUCAGAAUGAUCCCCCCACCCCAGUUUCUUCUUCCAGACAUUCAUCCCUCGUCUGCAGAGCAGGCAAACCUGGCCUGUGCCAUGUACCUGCCCUGUGACCUGGGCCAAGCCCCUUCCCUCGAACCUCGGCUCUCCCUGUGAGGUGGGCUGACCCUCCAGCCCGAGGGGCCGUUGGAGAAUCAGAUGACAUCACGUAAUGGUUGGCCAACGGCAGCGCGCCUCACAACCACAGCAAACAUUCCACGCGGACUUCUUGGUGCCAGGGGUGCCAGGGAAAGGGAUGAUUCAGAACAACCCGCCCCCCCCCCCAGGGGAGGAGUUAGGGUUGGGGGAGGAUCAGAUGGUGGGAAGGAAAGAGAAUGUAGUCAGAAAACAAAGCAAGCUUUGUUUUAUUGCCGCCUUUGUUUUUAUCUUGUUAUUUAACCUAUUUUGAAUUUCAAAUAACAUUCAAAGGGCAGUAUUGAGAUUUUUAUGCUUGGAGGUGGCAGCAAAGUUAUAAAAAAAAAAAAGUUGAGGCUCGGAUCUAGGUGUUCUUGUUAAAGACUAUUAUCAGCGUUUGCCAGCUGGAGUCCCAGGCACCUGGAGGUCUCCAGCUGGGCGGGAGAGGGGCUGUCCACAAGGCGUGCCUACCCUGUCCUUGGACAGAACAUCGACAGCUGAUUCCACAGGGCCAGGAGCCAGGCCUCAGGGAGAGACCGGCCAUGGGCCCCCCACAGCCUCAGCACUUGGGGGCAGCACCUUAGGAAAACAGGAGCAGCCUCCGUCCACCCUUUACACCGAGAAGAAGGGACCUGCCACGGACCCACCGCCUGUCCCGGGCCCCAGCUGGGCAUGGACCAGCACCUGUGACCUGCCAGAGCUGAUGCCGGGCCCCCAGGGGGCCAGAGGAGGCCCCACCAUGAGCCUGGGCAAGCUCUCACCCGUGGGCUGGGUGUCCAGCUCGCACGGGAAGAGGCGGCUGACUGCAGACAUGAUCAGCCCCCCACUCGGGGACUUCCGGCACACCAUGCACGUGGGCCGAGGCGGGGACGUCUUUGGCGACACCUCCUUCCUCAGCAACCACGGGGGCAGCUCCGGGGGCACCCACCGUUCACCCCGCAGCUUCCUGGCCAAGAAGCUGCAGCAGGUGCGCCGGGUGGGGGCUCUGCCCCGGCGGAUAGCUUCCCCGCCGUCGGCCUCGCCUGCUCCGCCCGCCGUCUCCCCCAUCAUCAAGAACGCCAUCUCCCUGCCCCAGCUCAACCAGGCCGCCUACGACAGCCUCGACAGCCUCGUGGUGAGCAAGCUCAGCUUCAACAGCAGCCCCGCCGGCUCCGCGGACGGCCACUCCAGUUACGGUCUGGACUCUGGGUUCUGCACCAUCUCCCGCGUGGCUCGCCCGGAAAAGCCUCGUGACCGAGACCAUGACAGUGCCUUCCCCUCCGAACCUGAGCUUCGCCGCUCUGACUCCCUCCAGUCCUUCCGCCUGGACCUCGACCUUGGGCCGUCUCUCCUCAGUGAGCUGCUGGGGGUCAUGAGCCUCUCAGAAGGCUCUGCAGCUGAGACUCCAGCCCCAGCCCCUGCCACAANCCCCCCAGCCCCUGCCUCAAGCCCCCCAGCCCCUGCCGCAAGCCCUCCACCCCGUGGACGCUGCCCCAAUGGGGUAACUGCUGGGUUUGGCCCAGUGGCGGAGGCGAGGGCCAGCCCCGUGGGGGAGAGUCCCCGUGCACCUGCUGACAUGGCCCCUGGCAGGCACUGGGGAGCCGGCUGGAGUGGCAGCCGGGGCAGCCGCCACUACACUGAGAUGGAUGCGCGGCAGGAGCUGGUGAAGGUGCUGCCCCAGGGGCGGGCCUCUUGGGAGAGCCUGGAUGAAGAGUGGGGGGCACCCCAGGCAGGCAGUCGGGCCCCUGUGCCCAGCACGGUGCAAGCCAACACCUUCGAGUUCGCCGAUGCUGAGGAGGACGAUGAGGUCAAGGUGUGAGCCGCUGAGCGUGGGCUCGGGACCCCGCCCAGCCUCCGGCCACUCACUGCCCUGAAGAGCCCAGGUGCAGAGCUCGCCCUACCUGUCACCUGGGUCCUGCUGACGAUGGAUGGAGAACCCACACUGCCCCCCAACCCUCCACGCCUCUGCUGGACAGACAUGGGAGGGAGGCCAGUCCUGGGACCUGGGUGUUCCCGAGGACCCUGCCGGGCUGACCUGCUUCCCCCCACUGCCGCUCUGGACCCCGUGGCCCUGCCUCCGGCCCCGCCCCCACCGGCUGGAGGGCCGGCCUCACAGAGCCGCCUUUGUGUGGGGAAGCUGUCCUUGCUGGUGGGGGGUAGGGAGCAUACCACACAGGGCCUCUGUCUCCUCCCAAAGGGGCCGCCUGCCCAGCUCAUCCUGGAGCUUCCCCAACGUGCCCACCCCAAACCCCCCUUGUCCCAGAAGCCUCGAGGUAAAAUCAGGUGUGACCCCACCUUCUUGUGCACCCCAGACCUGCCUCCGGGUCCCGAUUAAAAAGGCUUUUUGAGA